AGGGACAAGGGCUAAAGGUCUGGACACGAUCAGCCUAGGAGAUUGCCACUCUUGGAGCGGGUGCUAGCCUAAACCCCAGACUGAGGACUUCACUUCUGGUAGCUAACUCUCGGUUGUUUGGGUAGAUUCAGAUUCUGACUGGAGAUACUGUCCUCAGUGGAUCCACCUGAAAGAGACUGCACAGAGAACGUGACAAUUCCUCCUCCAACCGGGAGCUCUCUGAAAAGCACAUGAGAUUUCAUUCUGCUGGUUUAGUCCUAUGUGAAGCUACCCAAGCCUGAGAUUUACCAGCCUUGAACCUCCGCGAUUCUAAAGCGCACCACUCCUGCAGUUCAUUGGAAGAGUGAUUCAGUCUCAGAGGAUUGAAGAACCAUGCUCCGAGGCCGAUCCCUGUCGGUGACAUCUCUCGGCGGGCUUCCCCAGUGGGAAGCUGAAGAACUUCCUGUGGAGGACUUACUGCUCUUCGAGGUUGCAUGGGAAGUGACCAAUAAAGUUGGUGGCAUCUAUACUGUGAUUCAGACAAAAGCCAGAGUAACCGCAGAUGAGUGGGGAGACAAUUAUUUCCUGAUUGGUCCCUAUUUUGAGCACAACAUGAAGACUCAGGUGGAACGGUGCGAGCCUGCAAACGAGGCUGUUAGAAGAGCAGUGGAAACGAUGAACAAACACGGCUGCCAGGUACAUUUCGGAAGAUGGCUGAUAGAAGGGAGUCCUUACGUGGUGCUCUUCGACAUAGGGUAUUCGGCUUGGAAUCUGGACAGGUGGAAGGGCGACCUCUGGGAAGCAUGCAGUGUCGGCAUCCCUCAUCUCGACCGAGAAGCCAAUGACAUGCUGAUAUUUGGAUCUUUAACUGCUUGGUUCUUAAAAGAGGUGACAGACCAUGCAGAAGGUAAACAUGUCAUCGCCCAGUUCCACGAAUGGCAGGCUGGAACUGGACUAAUCCUUUCUCGAGCCCGGAAACUUCCUAUUGCUACAAUUUUUACCACUCAUGCCACACUGCUUGGGCGGUAUCUCUGUGCAGCAAACAUUGAUUUUUACAACCAUCUUGAUAAGUUUAACAUAGACAAAGAGGCCGGGGAGAGGCAGAUCUACCACCGCUACUGCAUGGAGCGGGCUGCGGUCCACUGCGCCCAUGUGUUCGCCACGGUUUCCGAAAUAACAGGGAUAGAGGCGGAACACAUGCUGAAGAGAAAGCCUGAUGUAAUUACUCCAAAUGGCUUGAAUGUUAAGAAAUUUUCGGCAGUUCAUGAGUUUCAAAAUCUGCAUGCAAUGUACAAGGCUAGGAUACAAGAUUUUGUUCGAGGUCAUUUUUAUGGUCAUCUGGACUUCGAUCUUGAGAAGACUUUGUUCCUUUUCAUUGCUGGGAGGUACGAGUUUUCAAACAAAGGAGCUGACAUCUUCCUAGAGUCCCUAUCCAGGCUAAAUUUUCUGCUGAGGAUGCAUAAGAGUGACGUCACAGUGGUGGUGUUUUUCAUUAUGCCUGCCCAGACAAACAAUUUCAACGUGGAAACCCUGAAAGGCCAGGCGGUGCGAAAACAGCUAUGGGACAUUGCUCAUUCUGUGAAGGAAAAGUUUGGAAAGAAACUCUAUGAUGCCUUAUUAAGAGGAGAAAUUCCUGAUAUGAAUGAUAUUUUUGAUCGAGAUGAUCUAACAAUUAUGAAAAGAGCCAUCUUUUCAACUCAGCGACAGUCUUUGCCGCCAGUGACCACUCACAACAUGAUGGAUGACUCCACGGACCCCAUCCUCAGCACCAUCAGACGGAUUGGGCUCUUCAACAACCGCACGGACAGGGUCAAGGUGAUUUUGCACCCAGAGUUCCUAUCCUCCACCAGCCCCUUGUUACCCAUGGAUUACGAAGAGUUCGUCCGAGGUUGUCAUCUUGGAGUAUUUCCGUCAUACUAUGAACCGUGGGGUUAUACUCCAGCCGAGUGCACUGUGAUGGGUAUCCCCAGUGUGACGACCAACCUCUCCGGCUUUGGCUGUUUUAUGCAGGAGCACGUGGCUGAUCCUACUGCCUAUGGUAUUUACAUUGUUGACAGGCGCUUCCGCUCCCCAGAAGAUUCUUGCAAUCAGCUGACUCAGUUUCUCUAUGGAUUUUGCAAACAGUCACGCCGCCAAAGAAUUAUCCAGAGGAACCGAACUGAGAGGCUCUCAGAUCUUCUGGACUGGAGAUACCUAGGCAGAUAUUAUCAGCAUGCCAGGCACCUGACCUUAAGCAGAGCCUUUCCAGAUAAAUUCCAUAUGGAACCCACAUCACCACCAACGACAGAAGGAUUUAAAUAUCCCAGGCCUUCCUCAGUUCCACCUUCUCCUUCAGGGUCUCAGGCCUCCAGUCCUCGGAGCAGUGAUGUGGAAGAUGAAGAUGAAGAUGACAGAUAUGACGAAGAAGAGGAGGCAGAGAGGGAUCGGUUAAAUAUUAAGUCGCCAUUUUCUCUGGGUCGCGUCCCUUAUGGGAAGAAAAAGCUACAUGGUGAAUAUAAGAACUGAACUCCACACUUGUUCAGCAGAGCUCAUUUAGUGAGAGCAUAGUAAGAAUGAUUAUUUAAAGAAAUGAAAAGUAUCACAAAUUUCAUUUUCUUCUUCUAAGAAUCACAGUGGGAUUUAUUCUCGGCCUCAAAAAUAGAAAUUAAGUCAGUAACAAUUUUAUAACUUAAAAUCCAAGUUAUUUUCUUCCAUUUCUUUUCCCCCAGUAAAUUUCAGCAUGAGGAAGUGUUAAUUAAAGGAGGAAGACUGGAAGUGUUUUUAAAAUGGUUAAUUGAAGCAAUAACAAUUUUUGUUUACUAGCAUUUCCAAAUUAUCAUCACCAUGAUCCUUUGUUUAGUAUUUAUACAGCUUCUAUAUCUACCAAACAAGUCUCCCAUUCCCCCCACCC